GGCCUCCCAUCGAGCAAGCGCCACGCGCCCACGCCGCGCCUGCCGUCCGCAGCCACUCUUUCCCUAAACCCUAGCAAACAGACGAAACCCCCGCCCGCCCGCCUUCCUCACCCGUGGAUUCGCCAUGGCGAUGCCCGCCACCACCUCCGCCUCCUCCCCAUGCCAGGCGCCGUCGCCAGCCGGCCUGGGCCUCGCUCUCAUCAGCUCCCCUGGCACCCGCGCCAGAACCGCCUUCGGCCGCCGCCGCCUCCGCCUCCGUGGCGCCGCCGCGGCUGCGCCCACAGGUCAUCUGUUUCUUGGUCUUCCCAAGCCACGAUGCUCAUCAAUCACAGCCAUUGGCGAUGUGGCAGCGGUUUCUGAUGAUUAUAUAGAAAGCUCACCAUCAAGCAGUGGAUAUCCAAAUAGUUCUAUGGGUUCUUCAUCUCAUGAAGAUAAUCAAUCACAAAGUGUUGUUAAGAUGAACCAAAAAUCUAGAGACAAUAACAAAAUGAUUAAAAUAUGUGAUAAGUUAAUUGGGGUAUUUAUGGUUGAUAAACCUACACCAACGGAUUGGAGAAAAUUACUAGCAUUUAGCAGGGAAUGGGACAACAUAAGACCACAUUUCUUUAAACGCUGCCAGGAAAGAGCAGAUGCAGAGUCAAACCCUGAGGUGAAGCACAAGCUUCUAAGACUUGGUAGAAAAUUGAAAGAGAUUGAUGAAGAUGUACAGAGGCAUAAUGAACUUCUUGAAGUAGUAAAAUCCACACCAUCUGAUAAAAUUGGUGCUAUUGUUGCUAAGCGGCGGAAAGAUUUCACGGUGGAAUUUUUCAACCACCUUUACUAUGUUGCGGAGUCUUACCAUGAUGAACCUGAAAAGCAAACUGAGUUGGCAAAGCUUGGAAAUGAUUGCGUAGAUGCUCUACAAGCGCAUGAUGAUACCACUGGGAGUCUUGAGGCUCUGAAUGCUGCAGAAUUGAAGUUAAAGGAUAUACUUAAUUCACCUUCAGUGGAUGCUGCUUGCAGAAAGAUUGAUGACUUGGCUGAGAAGAAGGAACUGGACUCUGCAUUAGUUUUGAUGCUUUCAAAAGCUUGGUCAGCUGCAAAGGGCACUGACAUCACAAAAUCUGAGGCAAAGGAUAUAAUGUUUCAUUUAUACAUGACUGCUGUGGCUAAUCUCCAAAGACAAAUGCCAAAGGAUAUCAGAAUACUGAAGCAUCUUAUAAUGAUAGAGGAUCCAGAAGAGCGGUUGAGUGCACUGAAUGAUGCUUUUACUCCUGGUCCUGAGCUUCUUGGGGACAAUGUCGAUACAUUAUACACGAGUCCAGAGGCUUUGCACACUUGGGCAAGAGCUAUAAUAGAUGCAUAUUAUAACAGCAGAGAAGGCACUCUCCUUGGACAAGCAAGAGACUUGAUGAACCCUAAAAUCAUCAAGAGAGUUGAAGAGACAGUGAAGAUAAUCAAGGAUAAAUACCUUUAAAUUUUGAUCAUCAGAAAUUUGGGUUUGGAUGUUUCUACUGGUUGCCUGAGUCUUGCAUAGUGACCACAGGAUGAUGGCACAGAUUAGGGGUGUAAAUUGUGACCCUUAGUUGCACCUCCAACCCUCUUUAUUUCAAAUAUUUGUGCUAAUUCUUCAAAAUGAGAUUCCAUUUUGGAGAAGUGGUACAAGAUUUUGAAGUAACGAGGGUUGGAGGUGCACCCAAGGGUAACCAUUCGCCAAUUUGCAUCCCUAGCACGGAUUGCUCCCUGGCCGGUACCAUUUCAGUGAAACUCUUCACCACUGCCGACACCUCAUAGAUGAAAGGAAAUUCAGAUUGUUGUAACUCAUUCCAUGAAAAGGUGAUUGUAGCAUGUGAUGUAGCAAUGUAGCUUUCACUUAGAUACAAGGGGAGUAUCUACGUCUAGUAUACACUAACAGUGUUGUAACAUGUCUGAUUAGUAGUAUAAAGUCAGAAGUCAUAUGUACGUGCCCAAAUAUCCUUGGUCGCGAUCGCAAUUGUAAGGAUGUUGCUGACCGGCACCAUUUAAAACUUCUUAAUUCAGCAUGGGAGAUGUUUCUGGACAUGUUUGAGCUGAAUGAUGUUGCCAGGUU